AUGGAUGCUUCCAAUGAUCUCAAACCUACUGACCAUGGCAAGUGGCCUUAUGGUGGUGAUGACUACCACUUCCUUUUUGGAGAAAUCCCCAAGCCACCUACUCCUGGAUACCAGACUGGAGAUCCUUCCACUCCUGAAAUGCCCGGUGCUCAUGCCAAUGUUUGCUCUUCUACCAAGGAAGCUGCUGACAAUAAUGCUGGCACCAUGGUUCCUCCCAGUCCUACUGCCAUUGACAUUCCCAACAACCUUGCCCAACUUUUGGGUAUGGCUUACCAGCAAAUUUUGGAUUCCACCCUUGUUCUUGCUUUGGUGAUGACAGGAGCUGUCCCCACCAACCCUAUUACUAUGAGAACCAUCAACAAUUUGCAGACUUUGUUUUCUGGCUGGAAACCUAGUGCUGCCACUGCUCCUCCUGCUGGAGGUGGUGGGGCUGCCACUCCAUCUUUUGAAAUGCCUACCCCCUGUACUUCCAAUGGGAAGAACAACCAGCAUCCAACUAACUCUCCAACAGAUAAUCCACCAAAGACAUCUUCUUCCAACAAAGAUGAUAUCCUCAACAAUGAGUCUCAUCCUUCUGAUGCCAUUGAUCAUCAUUGGCCUCAAGGAAAUGUCAUGUAUUGCACCAGUAACGAUUCUGUCUUCCUUGGGUGGGCUACCAUUGUUUGCAAUAAACAUACCUUGAAAGAUGGAGGAAUGAAAGUCUACAGAGCAUGUAUUGGAGUCCAUGUCUGCCAGAAUGAUGGCUGUAACUUUGUUGCCCGCCCCACUUCUCAUGACAACAAAAAGAAUCUCAGUGAUUAUAUUCCCAAAGCUUCCAUAUAG